AAAAUAAGGUGCCACAGCAAAAGCACUUUUAGGCCAGUAUAACUAUCUAAACUAGGGCUUUUGCUGGUAUAGAAAAGUUGUAAAAGCAUCACAACCACAACUGACAUUGCUCUACUGGCAAAAGUUUCUAGUGAAGCCUGGCUUUACUCUUAGGAAGUAACCCCCUUUUUAGUAGCAACCGAGGAAACAAAUGCAAAUCUGCUUGAGCACUCCAGCUCCCUGCUAAAUUUGUUUUGUAAAUUGGUUAACAAUAGGGUGUGGCAUUGGGAAUAUUCAUGUGACUAGGCUAGAACCAGUAUUGUGUGGGAAGUCUCAAACAGUCAAAAUGAAAGUGAAAUCUGCUGAGUGUUUUGUCAAAACACAACCAAGGGCAAAGAUUAUCAUUAUAAGUAAAUAGCUUCAGACCAGCUGAAGUGCACAGGCUCGAGGGUUGCUCUCCACCAUCCAAGACAGCGCUGUUGAACUGUGCUAAAGAGGAUCAACUGAACAGGACUUCAAGUGCCGCUUCUUGCUAGUGUUUCUUUUUGGAUUCAGCAAUCAGCACAAUGAUGGUCCUCAUUGCACUGGACCCCACUGACAAGUGCAGGAGCACAUUCAGGCUUCGCCAGAAGAUCUCUAAGCGAAGCAUGCGGAAGCAGAAGUGAGGUCUCUUCGAGGAGGCGCUACCGUGGUCUUGAGGAGCUAGUGUGGAAACUAGAAUGGGUCUGUUGAAGCAGAGAACUGGGGCAUGCCAGCUGUAUUGGAGCAUGCUCCUCCUGGCUGCAGGGUCCUUUUUCUUGUUGCUCUAUGCCCUGAUGUGGGAAGCUGGGAACAUCAUCAACCUUCCCCACAAAAGAAUCGGCUUCUACAAUUUCUGCCUGUGGAACCAGACGGCUGGAGAACUGCAGUGCCUAGAAUUCAAGGACCUGAUGGACAUGGGGGUUGACCAGUUUGACCUAGUGCUGGCAAGGCUCUGUGUAUAUACUGUCCAGGUGCUCUGUAGCUUCUCCCCAUUUUUAAUCAUACAGGCCCAAUAUGCAAACACCAGAGAGGCCUGGGAAGUGACGGUUGUGGUACUGGGCCUCUCGGCUGCUCUUCUGGCUGGUGGCCUUGGCUUGUUUCUGUGCCAGGCCUGGGUCUGCAUUCAACUCUCUGAACUCAGUGGGGGUUUCAUGGCACUAGCUGGGGCUCAGAUCCUGCUGCUGCUCCAGCUUUUUGCUGCCACUAUGUACCUGACGUGGUUCAAGGAGGUUCUUGAAACGGGCAGCCCUUCCCCUGAGGAGCAGCAGGUCUGAUGGCAGAGAGGGAGGAAAACGCAGUGCGAGCUUGUGGGAACAUACAAACCAAGUUUUUACAAUCCUCUGAUAGUCAGCUAGCUCUUGUGUACAGCCUUGGGCCGAAACGCUAUUCUAUAUCUAAGUGUGUCAGGCAGUUCACAGGGCCGUCUUUAGGAUUUAUGGGGCCCAAUGCAAUAUUAUUAAACUGGUGCCCCUAUGCCCGACAGCAGCCUGGGCUCACAGCCUGGGGAGGGAGCGAUGAGGCAGCAAAGAUACCAAGCCACUGGGCCUGCCUCACGGUGGCAGAGAGUCACAGUUUCCUGCAGAGACCCCCAAGCCCUCUCCCUCACCCAGAAUGGGCCUCGCUGACGCCCUCAGCUCUGUGAACACGGCCACUGCCUAAGGGCACUACAGUGCGCGCUUAGUGUGUGGGAGCCGACCCGCUCUUAUCUGCUGUCAUGGGUAUGGGUGAAGCUGCAGCUUGGGGAGGCUAGCUCCCCAGCCCACCUGUGGCCCUGCCCAUAUUCCACCCCUGCUCUGCCCUGGGCCCCGCCCCCACUCUGCCCAGGCCUUGCCCUCUCCCCCUCCCCCUUCCUCUCUUCCCUUCCCUCCCCUGGUCGCCCCUUUGCAACCAAUCCCUGAACCAAAACGAAGCAAAUGACAUUUGAAAAAAAUCACACUUCUGCAAUUUCUUUCUAAAGAUAAUGGAGCAGGUUUCCCACUGCAUGCUAGAACGUGAAGAUGCUGAAGGUUCUGGACAUGCAGAAGGUACCUAAUUAAAAGCACUAAACUUGGGAAUAAAAAAUGUCAAUCACAGGUUUGUUUUUUUU